GAAACCCUGACCGAGAAUGCAGACGGCCCGGCUUCCGGACCCUGGCCCGGCCGCCCUCCCCUCCCCCGCCCUGAGCGCCGUUGAGUUUGAAACCCUCGCUCGGAGUCCCACGAUUCUUCUCCCUCCCGGUCCGGCCGCGAGGCUGUAAACAUAUUGCUCCUCUUUCUGUGUCGCCCUUGCUCACCUUGUUUUGUUACUAAAUCGGCUGUUUCCAUAAAGCCAGUAUUUUUGUUGUACCUGUGCGGCUCGCUGGCCACGUGCGGCAGUUGAGCUUCUGGAAUGUGAGUCCCUCACAGGAUGGGCUGUGAGUGUAAAAACUCGGCCUUCAAAGACUCAGCGCAGAGAAAAUGUCAGGUACAUGGCCCAGAGCAAGCACUCGGAGGCCCGCGAACUCAUGUGCUCCGGAGCCCUGCUGUUCUUCAGCCACGGCCAGCAAAACAGCGCCGCUGACCUGUCCAUGCUCGUCCUGGAGUCGCUGGAGAAGGCGGAGGUCGAGGUGGCCGACGAACUGCUGGAAAGUUUGGCCAAGCUGUUCAGCCUGAUGGACCCCAACUCCCCGGAGCGAGUGGCGUUCGUGUCUCGAGCCCUCAAGUGGUCCAGCGGCGGGUCAGGGAAGCUGGGCCACCCCCGGCUCCACCAGCUGCUGGCCCUCACCCUGUGGAAAGAACAGAACUACUGCGAGUCGCGAUACCACUUCCUGCACUCGAGCGACGGCGAGGGCUGCGCCAACAUGCUGGUGGAGUACUCCACGGCCCGCGGCUUCCGCAGCGAGGUGGACAUGUUUGUGGCUCAGGCCGUCCUCCAGUUUCUCUGUUUGAAAAACAAAAGCAGCGCAUCGGUGGUGUUCACGACGUACACACAGAAACACCCGUCCAUCGAGAGCGGGCCUCCUUUCGUGCAGCCCCUGCUCAACUUCAUCUGGUUUCUGCUGCUGGCCGUGGAGGGGGGGAAGCUCACGGUGUUCACGGUGCUGUGUGAGCAGUACCAGCCGGCCCUGCGUCGGGACCCCAUGUACAACGAGUACCUCGACAGGAUAGGACAGCUCUUCUUCGGUGUUCCACCCAAGCAGACGUCAUCCUACGGAGGCUUGCUAGGGAACCUUCUGAGCAGCCUCAUGGGCUCCUCGGAGCAGGAGGGUGAGGACAGUCAGGACGACAGCAGCCCCAUUGAGCUCGACUGACGCCCGCAGACCUGCAGACUCGGCCGGGACCGUGGCGGGGUGGCUCCCAGCGCGAGUCCAGACCGCGGCCCCGGGCUUUGGCCAGGGCCCCGUGGCCGUGUGUUGGGUGUCCCGGGCCCGGGCCGUGGCCGUGUACCUUGAUGACCCCAAUAAAGCACAGGCCCUGCGGCGCCUCCUCCCGGCCCUUGUGUCUGGUUUGCUUGGGGAGGGCUCGGCGGGGCGGGGGGCCUGGCCACCGUGUCCUGGCAACAGCUGGGCGGCUGAGUGCCCAGCCACCAGAGCGGGUCUCGUCAGGAGGCUGCGGGACCCCCAGCUUCGUGGGGCAGUGUUACCGUCACUGGGUGAUUGAGGCCUUGACCUGACGGUUCAGGUUUACCCAGGUGAGCAGCCUGGGACGAGCAGGCCUGUCCGUCACUGACGCUGCACCAGAUGCCCGGGACGGUUACAAAAGGGGAAACACUUUAUUUUUUCACAAUUAUAAUAAUAAGAGUUGUAGAUUAAUACCCAGUGAUCAUGCAUGGGAAGGAACGCAGUACACAAUUUUAUUUACUGUAAAAAUGGAAUUUAAAGGAAGGUUUGUGUUCAUUGUUGAGUUUAAAUAAAUCCUUUAUACUGGG